AUGGAUGUGAUGUACGUAGUGACGGUGCUGGUGCUGUUGCUGCUGGCAAUCUCGUACGCGCUGGCGGCGACAGUAACCGCACCGGCAACCGACAAUGUGCCACCGAUGACGCGCGCCUACCGAACCGCCAUCUUUGCGCACGAUCGCACCGCGGCCGGUUACCGAUCGGAGGGCGGCGUGCUGCACGACACGGUGCGCGCCCUCUGCACGCGUGCGACGGCCGGGCUGGUGGCGCUGGCGGUUGCAUUCCUCUGCACCGGGGGCGCUAGUGUGCUGCGGGCGAAACUGCCAUCGAUCACCGCUGUCACGGCGCUGGCGGCGACCGGUGCCGCGUCGGUUGUCGGCAAGGGCGCGACCACCGGCCGGACCAGCAAAACCAUCGUCAGCUGCGGUGGAACCAAUACUGCCACCGCCGUAGUGCUGCUGUCGGUCCGGCAGCUACUACCACUUAUACUAGGAAUUGCCGCCAUGUUGCCUGUGAUUGACGCCGGAUACCACGAGAAACGGUUGCUGCACCAUCUGCUGGACAACUACAACGUGCUCGAGCGGCCCGUCGUCAACGAGUCGGAUCCGCUGCAGCUCAGCUUCGGUCUGACUUUGAUGCAAAUCAUCGACGUGGACGAGAAAAAUCAACUCCUCAUCACGAACAUUUGGCUCAAGUUGGAGUGGAACGAUAUGAACGUCAGAUGGAACUCGUCCGAGUAUGGUGGGGUGCGCGAUUUACGGAUACCACCACAUCGCCUCUGGAAGCCGGACGUCCUGAUGUACAACAGUGCGGACGAAGGUUUCGACGGGACGUACCCAACGAACGUGGUCGUGCGCAACAACGGUUCCUGCCUGUAUGUACCGCCGGGAAUUUUCAAAUCUACCUGCAAAAUCGACAUCACCUGGUUCCCGUUCGACGAUCAGCGGUGCGAAAUGAAGUUCGGCUCGUGGACGUACGACGGGUUUCAGCUGGAUUUACAACUUCAGGAUGAAUCUGGGGGAGAUAUUAGCAGCUUCAUCACCAACGGCGAAUGGGAGCUACUGGGUGUGCCUGGGAAACGGAACGAAAUCUACUACAACUGCUGCCCGGAACCGUACAUCGACAUCACCUUCGCGAUACUGAUCCGCCGUAAAACGCUCUACUACUUCUUCAACCUGAUCGUACCGUGCGUGCUGAUCGCCUCGAUGGCACUGUUGGGUUUCACGCUACCGCCCGAUUCCGGCGAAAAGCUGUCGCUCGGUGUCACGAUCCUGCUAUCACUCACAGUCUUCCUGAACAUGGUCGCCGAGACGAUGCCGGCUACAUCAGACGCAGUGCCUCUCCUAGGAACCUACUUCAAUUGCAUCAUGUUUAUGGUUGCCUCAUCGGUUGUGUCCACGAUCCUGAUCCUGAACUAUCACCACCGCAACUCCGACACGCACGAAAUGUCUGAAUGGAUUCGCGUUGUGUUUCUGAUCUGGUUACCGUUCAUCCUGCGCAUGAGCCGACCGGGUGAACCUUACCCACAUCCAUGCCGCCCAACAGUGGACGAAAAGAACAAGCAACUGCAGGAGGUGGAGAUGCGCGAGCGAUCCUCCAAGUCACUGCUGGCCAACGUUCUGGACAUCGACGACGACUUCCGGUGCAAUCACCGGUGCAACACGCUGCCACACAAUCCCACCUACUACCGGACCGUGUACCGCCAGGGUGAGGAUGGUAGUGUCGGACCGAUCGGUGCGACCGACACGAUCGGCCGCUCCGCCGGUCUCGGUACGAUCAGUGCCGGUGGUGGCCGCCUGCACGAAACCGUUUCCUCGCACACCUGUCUCAGCUCGUCCGCCGAGUACGAGCUAGCGUUGAUACUGAAGGAGCUACGCUACAUCACCGAUCAGCAGCUCCGCAAGGAGGACGAGAGUGGCGAGAUCACGCGCGAAUGGAAGUUCGCCGCCAUGGUAGUCGAUCGUCUGUGCCUUAUCAUAUUCACCCUGUUCACGAUCAUCGCCACGCUGGCUGUCCUGUUCUCCGCGCCGCACUUUAUCGUUUCAUAACAACCAUCAGCACG